CGGGAACUAAAUCUAUACUUCUUUCUGUUUAGGUUUCAUGAAAAGAUUCUCAAUGAAAAACUAAACAAUCUCUUUGUUUUUCUCAUAUAUCACUAGUGCAGUUGCUUCACAUACUCCAUCUGCAAUGGAUCAUCACAAUCACAAUACUCCCUUUAGUGGGAUAAAGAAGGAUCUUCAAGGAAGAUUACAGUGUUACAAGCAAGAUUGGGUUGGGGCACUAUGUUCAGGAGCUAGAUUAUUGGCUCCAACAGCUUACAUCUUCUUUGCCUCUGCUCUUCCUGUAAUUGCAUUUGGUGAGCAGCUGAAUAGAGAUACAGAUGGGACAUUAAGCUCAGUUGAAACUCUGACUUCUACUGCAAUUUGUGGAAUUAUACAUGCGAUUUUUGGUGGGCAGCCUCUUUUGAUACUAGGAGUUGCUGAACCUACAGUAAUAAUGUACAAUUACUUGUAUGGUUUUGCAAAAGGAAGGCCUGAGUUGGGGAAAGAACUGUUUCUAGCAUGGGUUGGCUGGGUUUGUUUCUGGACUUCAAUCAUGCUGUGUGUUCUUGCUAUACUAAAUGCUUGCACACUCAUCACAAGAUUUACAAGGGUUGCUGGAGAGCUUUUUGGCAUGCUGAUAUCUGUUCUUUUUAUGCAAGAAGCUAUUCGGGGAGUAAUCAGUGAAUUUAGCAUUCCAAAAGGCGAAAACCCUAAACUAGAAGAGUAUCAGUUUCAAUGGCUUUACACAAAUGGUCUGCUAGCUGUCAUUUUCUCAUUUGGUAUCCUCAUUACUUCCAUGAAAAGUAGAGGUGCUAGAUCUUGGCGUUAUGGUACAGGGUGGAUACGAAGUUUUGUAGCAGAUUAUGGGGUCCCACUCAUGGUUGUGGUGUGGACUGUAAUAUCUUAUGCUAAGCCUGCAGGACUUCCUCAUGAAGUUCCAAGGAGACUCUUUUGUCCUCUUCCUUGGGAGGCUGCAUCGUUAUCCCAUUGGACUGUUAUCAAGGAUAUGGUGAAAGUUCCAGCUGUUCAUGUUUUUACUGCUAUAGUUCCAGCUAUGAUGAUAUCAGCAUUGUACUUUUUUGAUCAUAGUGUAGCUGCACAAAUGGCUCAACAAAAGGAAUUCAAUCUUCAAAAUCCUUCUGCUUAUCAUUAUGAUGUCUUCUUACUUGGAAUCAUGACUUUGAUGUGUGGUUUGAUUGGUGUACCACCUUCAAAUGGCGUUCUCCCACAAUCACCCAUGCACACAAGGAGUCUUUCAGUUCUCAAGAGACAGAUGAUGCGAAAGAAGAUGGUUAAAUGUGCCAAGGAAGGCAUAAAGCUGGAAGCAAGUAACUCAAAAAUCUAUGAGAGGAUGCAUGCUGUUUUUGUUGAAAUGGAACCUCAUCCAAAUAGUGUUGUAGACAAGGAGUUGGAGAAUUUAAAGGAAGCUGUUAUGAAGCGUGAUGAUGGAGGAGAGUCAAAGGGAAAGUUUGACCCCGAAAAACACAUAGAGGCUUAUUUACCUGUUAGAGUCAAUGAACAACGAGUCACAAAUUUACUUCAAUCUACACUUGUGGGAUUUGCAGUUUUUGCUAUUCCUGCUAUCAGAAUGAUUCCCACUUCAGUUCUUUGGGGUUACUUCGCCUACAUGUCAAUCGAUAGUCUUCCUGGAAAUCAAUUUUGGGAACGAUUGUUGCUCUUUUUCAUCCCUACUGGUCGACGUUUCAAAGUGUUGGAGUCGCUUCAUGCGUCAUAUGUGGAAUCGGUUCCAUUCAAAUACAUAACAAUGUUUACAAUCUUCCAACUUGUUUAUUUCUUAAUUUGUUAUGGAAUCACAUGGAUUCCAACUGGUGGAAUUUUAUUUCCAUUACCAUUUUUCUUGCUAAUUCCAAUCCGUGAGCAUUUUCUUCCCAAAUUGUUCCCACCUGAGCAUCUUCAAGAACUCGAUGCAUCUGAGUAUGAAGAAUUCAUCGGAAGGCCAGUUCAAAGCAUGAGUCUUUCUCGGAAGGAAGGAUCUAAUGAAGAAAUCAUGGAGAACGAUUUUGAAAUCGAUUCAGCUGAAAUACUCGAUGAAAUGACAACACGAAGAGGGGAAUUGAAACUAAGAUCCAGCUUCAAUGAUCGCCAAUUUCAUGGCACUCCUGAUGAAAUUAAAACCCGAAAAAGUGAAUUGAAAUUAAGAUCAAGCUUCAAUGAUCGGUUUCGUGUAGGUGCUGAUGAAAUGAUGACAAAUAGAGGCGAGUUGAAGCUAAGAUCCAGCUUCAAUGAUCGCCUAUUGCAUGGCCACUCGCAAAAUAACAGUUCACCAAGGUAGAUUACGGAGGAAAGUUGCAGAUGGUAAUUGACUCCAAAUGUAUAAAUGACUACUCACAAUUCUUUGCCUAUUUUUUACGUUGUACUUUGAAAAUUUUGGUUCAACCGAUUUUAUGUUAAUAUCACGUUUAUGCUAUGAGAUCGACUAUUGGAACCCUUCUAACGAUUAUAAUAUGAUAAAUUUUGCCC